ACUACGUGCAAUAGUCACGCCAAGCACAGCUACAUAUAAUCCAAGAUGCGAUCGCAGAUAACUAUCUUCCUCGCCAUCGCGGCUUUCGUUUCGACUGUCUGGGUAGCGUCUGCCCAGACGCCCCCUGAUCCUGCUACUCCUCCUGCCACUCCUCCGGCUACUCCUCCUGCCACUCCUCCGGCCACUCCUCCGGCCACUCCUCCGGCCACUCCUCCGGCCACUCCUCCGGCCACUGAUCCAACUACUCCCGCUACUCCCCCGGCAUCCGAUAGCAGCACCACCGCUCCCACCACCCCCACCACCCCCACCAAGAAACCAAUUGGGAAGAAGAAGACCACUGUCCACCACAAAAGAAGGAUCCACAAGGCGGGCAGACGCCGCACGAUCCGCCACUCACAUGGAGGCAAGAACAGCGACCGCAAGAAGAGAUCCCGACGACACUAAAGUAGAAACCCAAUCGCGAAUCCCCCAGGCAUAACAGAUUUGGCCAGACAUGUCUUGACUUUUGCUCCCGUGCUCUUCAUUUCCUAUUAUUCUUAUUUUUAUAUUAUACCCCCAAGAUUAAAUGACGCAUUGAUAUUCUCAAAAGAA